CGGCAGCCCUUGCGCAGACCGGGCGGUGCUGCUUGUUCCUGGGAGGCUGAUGCAGGGAAGUGAGUGAAUUCAGGGAUGAGCAGAACUAAAAAUGACGAAGAAGAAUAUUGGAAUAGCACAAAAUGCAAAGCUUUCAUGUUUGAUGAUGACGAUGAGCUGAAAGAGUCCAAGCGAGCAGUGAACAACCUCCGCAGUUUUGUGGAUGAGGAUGACGACGAUGUAGAGAGGGUCAGCUGGAGCGGGGAGCCAGUGGGAAGUAUCUCAUGGUCAAUCAAAGAGAGCGCAACUGGAAUCCGAGCAGGUGACCUCCGAGGCCUGGAACCUGUAAAAUCCCUCUCUGACACAGCACAGUCGACUAUUUCCAAGCCUGCCCCGGCGUAUUCCUUCAGCAGCUUCUUCAAAGGUAAAAGGGAUCCUUCGAGUGUUUUAUUUGGGGUCAGUCGGCCUGGGAGUUUCCAGUCACUUUCUGAUUGCUCAACCACCACGAACUAUGCACCCAAUCUACGUAAAUCAAAGACCGAUUACAAGGACGUUUCAAUUGACUGGAGUCCACUGGAGACGGUUAGGCAGAUGCAGAAAGGCAGGAUGUACUCUUUAGAGAGGUUUCGUUCCUUGAAUGACAAACUGCACCUCGUGGAUGAAGCUGUUCGAACGCACGAUGGGAAUGUCAUCACUGCGAUUUUGAUAUUCCUGAAAAAGUCAUUAAGCAAAGAAGUACUAUUUCGAGAGCUGGAGUACAGACAGGUCGCCCUACAACAUUUUGUCCACUAUCUGAAAGAGACAGGAGAGCAGAAACUGCUGUUGGAGAUGCUCAAGGUUCUGGGGAGAACAGAAGAGGCUGCACUAUUGCAGUACAAGGAACAUCUGAAUAUCAAAGGCCAAAUGAAAAAAACAGAAUAUUUAAAAACCUGCACUGGACUUCCAUUUGCUUACGAUGAUGCCACAUUUGUCAGAGAUCACUAUACACUGCUGGACAGACAGAUCAUUAUCGAGGAGAAUGAUAAACGCAUUGAGGCGUCUGGACAAAUGGAAGUUUUCAGGAAACAUCCCAGGAAGGCCUCCAUCCUUCACAUGCCACUAGUCACAACGCUUUACUAUUCCUGCUUUUAUCAUUACGGGGAAUCUGAAGGAACAUUCAGUAGCCCAGGCAAUUUGAAAACAACUUUCAAAAUUUCAGACAAACAGUACUUACUCACUACACUUGCAGCUCGUGCCAAACUGAAGGCUUGGAAAGAUGUUGAUACUUUAUUUACUACAAAGAAUUGGCUAGGAUAUACCAAGAAGAAAGCCCCAAUUGGAUUUCAUAGAGUUGUGGACAUUUUGCAUAAAAACAAUGCUCCGGUUGAGGUUGUUCAGGAAUACGUUGCUUUAGUGGAUAACACAGAACUGAAGUUGAACCUUGCCACAAAGUACAAGUGCCAUAACAUUGUGAUUGAUACCUACAGGGAUCUCAAAGACCGGCAGCAGCUGGUUCUGUACAGAGACAAAGUGGAGAAAAGCUCACUAGAACAGAGGAAGAUAGAUUAUAUCCUGAGCAAUUCUCAAAUCAGAUGGAAAAAUUGAUGAACCAAGAUUCAAUGCAGGAAAGCCUCCUGUGUGCAUGAUUCCUGAGGGAGCUGGAGGUUGGAGAACCUGGUAAUCAGCAACAAGGAAGAGUGAUCGACAUCAACCUUCUGAGAAUUGCAGGAACUCUUCCCCCCCCACCAUGAUUAAAAUGAAUAAUUAUACAGGACCUUACAAAUUAAGUGUCCUAUCCAUAUAUUUGUAUAUUUCAUGUGUAUCAAGUUGUUCCAUUGCAGAGUUAUGACUUUUAAGAAAAGGGGUGGGGAGCGGUGGAGGAGGUAUGGCUGGUGAAGGACAGUCAUACCUCAUGGGAGAAGUACAGAUUUUCCAAGCUAAAACUAACAAAGUACUGAGGAAUAGAGAGGAACUCUAUUUCAGAAAUUCAGGUAUUUGGUUUUAGCCAGUAGAUGUUGCUAGUUGGCCUCACUGAUGACAUCUAGAAACAGGAAUAAAAUGCUAUUAGAGAAGAGUUAAUAUAUUUAUUGUCUGAUUGUUUGGACCCUCUCCUUUUCUUCCCCACCCUAAUAACACUUUAAAAAUAAAUAAAUGUACAAUUCCUGCAUAUUAUUCCAACAUAAAUGAAAGUAUAUUUGCUGUACAGAAACUGAAAACCAAGUCUUGCAUUAAGAAUACAUUUUGUAAUAAAACUCUGGUAGCUUUCAA